AUGGACAGCCUUCUGAUGAAGCGAAAGAAGUUUCUUUACCACUUCAAAAAUGUCCGCUGGGCUAAGGGUCGGCACGAGACCUACCUGUGCUACGUGGUGAAGAGGAGGGACAGCGCCACUUCCUUCUCGCUGGAUUUUGGCUACCUUCGCAACAAGUUGGGCUGCCACGUGGAAUUGUUGUUCCUACGCUACAUCUCGGACUGGGACCUGGACCCCGGCCGGUGUUACCGCGUCACCUGGUUCACCUCCUGGAGCCCCUGCUACGACUGCGCCCGGCACGUGGCUGAGUUUCUGAGAUGGAACCCCAACCUCAGCCUGAGGAUUUUCACCGCGCGCCUCUACUUCUGCGAAGACCGCAAGGCUGAACCUGAGGGGCUGCGGAGACUGCACCGCGCCGGGGUCCAGAUCGGGAUCAUGACCUUCAAAGACUAUUUUUACUGCUGGAAUACAUUUGUAGAAAAUCAUGAAAGAUCUUUCAAAGCCUGGGAGGGACUGCAUGAAAAUUCUGUCCGUCUAACCAGACAGCUCCGGCGCAUCCUUUUGCCCUUGUAUGAAGUGGAUGACUUACGAGAUGCAUUUCGUAUUUUGGGACUUUGAUAGCAACCUCCAGGAACGUCACAUGUGAUGAAAUUUCUCGACUGAAGACAGUGGAUAGCAAAACGAUCCUUCAAGUACCUGUUUUUCUUCUUAAAUACUCACUUUCAUAGUGUAGGGGGGAAAUUAUAUGACUUUUAAAAAAUACUUGCGACGCAAAAUAGCGUGGGCCCUCCAGAGUGCUGAUGGCAGCUUUGAGUUCAGCAUCGCCAUCUACUGGGGAACAGCAGAACUUCAGGACUUCAGACCACAGUGGAAGCGACGUUCUCUCUGAGUUUUAAGCAGGAUGGAAACAGAAGGUAUAUAUAUGCUUAGAAAAGCAUAUGGAGACUAUCACACGGUUUGUUACACCCACCCUCUGUGUUUUUAUUCAUUUGAAUUGUCAGGGGUGUCAGUGAUGGAUUUUUCUGCUCUAUUCCUUUGAGGCUGACUUUCAAGGAAGCCCUUCCCCUGAGGUCAUGGAUUGAUGGUAGGCUGUCCUGGUGAGGGAAUCUGAGCCACCAUAAGCCUCUCUCUCAAAAGCAUUAAU